GUCAAGAUACCUCGCGCGCACUAAGCACUUCUUAAGUUGAAGAACUUAGAGGAAGUGUCACGCACAUCAUCCUCCACGCGACCACUGACUACAUGGAACUUUUCUCGUCAAGUUUCCUUGGGAAGUGAACAGUUUUUAAACUUUCUCUGACCGCCCUCUCGGUCUCUGUUCAGUUGAAUCCUCAAUCUGUGUUUCUUUCAGUCCCGGUUGGUCAGUUGUAUUUUACGGCGAUGUCCGGCGAGCUGAGGCCACGACUGUGUGUGUUGGAGAAGGGCAACGACGGCUAUGGCUUCCACCUGCACGGGGAGAAGAAUAAAGCGGGUCAGUUCAUCCGCCUGGUCGAGCCUGGGUCCCCGGCAGAGCUGUCUGGUGUAAAGGCUGGCGACAAACUUGUGUUCGUUAACGGGGAGAGUGUGGAUGGGGAGAGCCACCAGCAGGUCGUGUCCAAGAUACGAGCAGUAACGGGUAAGCUGGAGCUUAUCGUCGUGGACCCCGAGACGGCUGAGUAUCUCAAAAAACACAACCUGACCUGCAGGAAGGAGUUCGUCACUGAAGGACUGCCGACAUUCGGUGACCAGCCGGACACCGCCGCACAGGAGAGGAACGGCACCGCCACGGAGUCCAGCCCUGUCCCUGUCUCCGUCCCCAAACUUGAGCCCGACCCUGAGCCCGUGCCUGUCCUAGCCCCUGCACGUGCCACCAACGGAGACAUGGGCCUCGACACACUCAGCCUGAGUUCCAAGGAAUCGAAGAAUGAGCUUCGUCCCCGUCUCUGCCACAUGAAGAAAGGCGCAACGGGUUAUGGCUUCAACCUGCACAGUGACAAGUCCAAAUCAGGCCAGUAUAUCAGGGCGGUGGAUGAGGACUCUCCAGCUGAGAAAUCUGGACUUCGACCCCAAGAUAAAGUAGUGCAGGUGAACGGAUUGGUUGUUCAGGGCUUGCAGCACUCGGAUGUAGUAGGUGCCAUCAAGUCAGGAGGAGAUGAGCUGCAGCUGCUGGUGGUGGAUCCAGACACAGAAGCUUUCUUCAGGAGCUGCCAAGUUAUUCCCUCUGAGGAACACCUUACAGGCCCUCUUCCUGAACCUGCUGCCAGCGGAGAUGCUGAUGAAAAGGUGAAGGAGGAAGAAGUUCAGGAAGCCAAGCCGGCGUCAGAGAGUCCCACGCCAUCCAACGCUUCCUCCACUGCAUCCAUCCCUGCUGAGACGGCCAGCAGUCCCUCAGUACAGGAGAAGGCAGGAGAGAAAGCCGCAGAGCCGGCGGUGGAGAAGAGCGCGAGUCCGAGCGCAGCCGCAUCGCUGGACCUGAACAUUUCCCUGCAGCAGGCUAAAGAGCGCGCGCACCAGAAACGCUCCAACAAAAGAGCGCCACCUAUGGACUGGAGCAAGAGAAGCGAGGUGUUCAGCAACCUCUAAAGCAGAUGAUUUCUCCAUCACAAGCACGCCUCUUUUUACGUCCUUUAUUUAUAAAGUUCACACGUUCGUCUCGCUCAUGAGGAACGCUCCUCUGAUUUAUAUAGACCACUGUUUAAGCAGGAGGGAUGCAGGAAAGAGGAAAAUCACAUUUUAGAUAUAAUUGCUGGAAUGUUUUUUUUGUUUCGUUUUGUUUUUUUUGGAGGGGGGGUCCGUAAUUUCUGUUAGUCUCAAUCACACACACACACACACACACACACACACACACACACACACCCCUCAGAUGAGCAUUUAAAGCCAGUGUUAUUUUGUCACUUGUGUUUUAUUGACCUUUCUAGGCAUUUUAUUGAACUAUGAUAGAAAUCCAGUUUGUGAUUUGAUUGAUGACUUUAUUAUGUACAGUGUAGAUGUAAUUAAUGCACAAUUCUUUUCCUGUUCACGCUGAUCACACGGGUGUGUAUUAGCACCUCUGACGCUUCGUUAUACUGUACCUUUAUUAAUUCCAGUUCAGAGCGACGCUGUGCGGUGUGAAAGCUUCGUCUCUCGGCCAGCUACUCAGAAAAUC